AAGACCAUGGCAACAAACCGCCAUGUUUUUUACAAAUCGACGAACACGGAGGCUACUUUACAGACAUGUAUGCAUCGCAACUCAUUGAUUGAAUAUGAAGCUCAGGUGGAUUUCACCAUUACUUUCCGCCGGCACGAGGCCUGACUUUGUCAGCGACUUCUAAAGGUCGUUCAGAGCAGUUUGUAGCGCCUCGGGUCGUCGUAGUUGGCUUGAGGUCUUUGGAGAUCAUGGAGAAAGUGGAGGUGUUUGAGGUUGUGAAAGUGACUGAGGAGGUUGAGAGCUACUACAGCCAAAUGGAGGUGACUAUUCCAAAAAAGAGGAAGAGCAAAGAUCAAGAAGACAGUGCUGAGAAACCUAAAAAGCCUAGGUCUGCCUACCUGCUAUACUACUUUGAUCUUCAUCAGAUUAUGCAAAAGGAAAUCCCGAAUCUACCACAGUCAGAGAUCAACAAAAGAAUCAGCGAGAGCUGGAAAAGGCUCAGUGUAGCUGAGAGAGGCUACUAUCUGGAGAAGGCCAAGUCUGAGAACGAGGGCAUAGACACUUCUUCUCUCAGCCCCUCCAAAGAUCUGCCAGGCUUCCGCAAAAUCCUCCCCAGAGCCAGUUACUUUCUCUUGUCCAAAGGCUGCUCCUCAAAUCAGCAGCUAGCAGGCGCUCAGUCAGAGUUGAGCUUGGAGGCUCUGGACUCUCCAGUAGAGGGAGGUCUGCCUUCAGUCCUUCUCCCCCAUGAGCCCCAAUUCACAUCUCUUGAGUUGGACAGUGAGGUGGAGCUUUCUGAGCAAUCCAUUGUUGUCAACAACAUAGCAGAGGAAACAGAAGUGGUGUCUAAUCCCACAGACUCCCAAGGCAUCCCUCGCUGCUCAUCCUCCUCUGUUUCAUGCAAAGCCCAGUCCUCUAUAGACGGCCACAUCUCACAGGGCUCUGGUGGCCUUACAGCAAAUGGUGUCACUCUAAAAGGAAAUGAGAAGACAGUUGCUGCUCGUGGUUAUGUUGGAGCGAUGGUGCAGCAGAUACAGGGGGAAAUGACACAUGUGGUUUCCAUUGUACCCACACAGAACCGGCUAGAGUCCAAGUCUUUGCCAGGUGUCAGCUCUGGAGGGCCAGUGAUGAUGGUCCCUUUCGGAGCCAACACAGAACAAAGUGCCAAACCUUCCUAUAAAAUGUCUGUUAAGACAUACACCCGAAGAGGUCGAGGGAGGUGUCUAAAUCCUGGCUGUUCAUUUGUUUAUGUCACCCGCCACAAGCCACCAAAGUGUCCUGAAUGCGGGAACCACUUGGGUGGAAAAUGGAUCCCUGCUGCAAAGAAGACACAAGAGAACGAACCUGCAUCCAAGCAAUUGCCACAGAAAGCUGAAACCAAGACUAAUGAAAGGUGCCAAGCCACACCUCCCUCGGCUCAGGAGGGGAAUGCAGAUGUCAGUGAAACAAACGCCACUGGGAGCAAAAAAGUAGGGCAAGUUCAACGGCGCUCCAAAAAGCAGUGUGCAGUUCCAGCUGCAAAGCCACCAGAGGGCAGCAGCACCAAGAAGCAGGAAAAAACCAAGCAAGCAACCAUGAAAUUACAGAUAAAAGGCCGUCUUCAGAGCACAACUGGCCAAAGUCAAGACAGAAGCAAUGCUGCUGUUCAGAAGAGGCCUGUGAGACCCAUACUUCCUGCAUACUACAACACAGGCCGGGCUUUGUUCCAGAUCAUAACUGUCCCACCUGACAAAGGAAAGAUUCAGAGUGCCAACGACAAUAAAUCAUCAACUGUGCCUCGAGAGAGUUUCUCAGGUCUCAAACCCAGCACUUUGAAGCAACUCGGCCAUACGGUCCCAACAACGGUAGCAAAGCAGGACUCUUCUGUCCCAGCAGGUGGAAGCCAGCCAAUGUGUUCAAUGGUUGAUAAGGGAGUGAAUAUCGUGUCAUUCGUGCCUUUCAAACAACACACCAUUUCCAGCUUUGAUUUGGGACUGUCUACAGCUCGAGGAAGGGGUCGAUGUAAGAACACGUCCUGUGACUAUAUGUACAAGAACAGACACAAACCUGCAGUGUGUCCUAAGUGUGGCUGUGUGCUGACCCAGAGGAACGCCAAGGGAACAAAGUCCGAGACUCUGCUCGAUCCGUACCAGACCCUGAGUCCUGCUCAGAAGGACAUCCAGCGCCAAAACACCCUGCAGUUUCUGCACCGUUCCCUGCAGAUUCCUGAGAGCGAGACUGAGCUUCAGGAAACGUUGACCCUCAUCCAGGAGCUCAACAGUCUCCAGAUCGUCUUGGUUCAACCAUGUGGACAGGAGCACGGGGACAACUUGGAGACGGAGACGCUGGUGGAGUCCGGGUGGCCUCAGUUCUAUGAGUCAGCAGCAACUCACUGUGGCUUGUGUAGCUAUCCUCUCUUCAAAGGAGGUCAGAGUACCGUCGCAGGACAAGAGGACUGCUGGCUGCUGACUGAGACUCUGAUCCAGACAGCCACUCUUCAGCUCAAGGUGUGUCUCAACGUUCAGUGUCUGGCUCUGCACAGCUUCACUGACCUACAUCCAGGUUUGUUCAACAUUGGGAACAGACUGCUUGUAAGUAUUGACCUGUUUCUGAAGAUCAGGUCCUGUAUCAAACAGGGCCAAGCCCCCCCUCAGGCAGCCAGGACCAUACUAGACCACACCCCCAAUCACCCUGUGCACGCUCUGAGUCCAGAGGAGAUGUCUCAAAUCCAGGAGCUUCUCCUGAGUGGCUACUGGGCCUUUGAGUGUCUGACGGUGCGCGAUUACAACGACAUGAUCUGCGGCAUUUGUGGUGUUGCCCCCAAACUGGAGAUUGCACAGCGAUACACAAGCAACGUACUGGAGCUAAAGAAUGUGGAGUUUACUUGGCCUGAGUUUUCAGUCUCGGAUGAGGUACACGUGGACGACUUCUGGCUGACAAUGGAAAGUGAGGCUAUCGAGCAAGCAACUUUCCCCACGGACAUCCCCAUCACACGAGUGGAUGCUUCCAUCAUCGCUCCCUUCAUUCCUCCGCUGAUGAGGAGUCCCACUGUCAUCAACACAGAGAAGGACAAGGUCCUGUCACACUCACAGCCGCCCUCAGGAGAUCCAUCAGUUUUGGUGCGUCUCAUUCAUGAUGGUCAGCUAAGACUCGACAAGCUAGAAGAGCACAGUGAGAACGAGCUGAGAACAAUACUGGACCGCUGUGCAGCGAGUAUCACCCCAGACUCCACUAAGAAUGAGCUGCUGGGGUCCCUGAUCUCCUUGUACACACUUGUUCAUGGUGGCCUCUCCACGGCCCCACAACCCCCUCCACACCUCACUGCUGGCAGGCUGUCCAAGGUCUGCCCCCACAAGGUGGUGUGCGGCUCUAAGUACUUGGUGAGAGGAGAGACGGCUCGAGACCACGUAGACCUGCUGCUGUCCUCCCGCUACUGGCCCCCAGUCUACGUUAGUGACUGUGCCCGUCAGGUGGCGCUCUGUGCUGACAUGCAGUACCCAGAACUGGCAACCCAGAUGUGGAGCAGGAACCAAGGCUGCUUCUCUGACCCUUUCGAAAAGCCGGAGUUUGUGUCAUGUGCUGAGCUACAAGAGCAGCCGUACAGCGCUGACCUUUCGUUGGUAGCCGAGAACCAGCAGGUCCACCCCAUCACCAAAUCUUCGAGUUGCUGGCUGGUUCAUCCUCCUGAAGCAGCCCAGGAGCCUCCUGCUCCAUUAGAGCACCACUCAAUAGCCCUCUGCAGAGAUCUGGAGCCCUACGUCCACCUGAUUGCUGAGCUGGCGAAAGAGGAGGAGGACGAAGGUAAAGAACCGAAAGCUGAGGAUGACGAAGGUGAAGAACCGAGAGCUGAGGAUGACGAAGGGGAAGAACCGAAACCUGAGGAUGACGUAGGUGAAGAACCGAAACCUGAGGAUGACGUAGGUGAAGAACCGAAACCUGAGGAUGACGAAGGUGAAGAACCGAAUGCUGAGGAUGACGAAGCUGAAGAACCGAGAGCUGAGGAUGACAAAGGUGAAGAACCGAGAGCUGAGGAUGACUCCGCCUUGAACUCAGAGGACUGUUACUCGGUCAGUCGUGCGCGGUGCCAACCUGCAGUUUUCAAAAACACAGCUUAUUACUACCUUUACAACCGUCUGGUAGACUUCUUCACCAGCAGAGACAUUGUGAGCCAGCAGAUCAACUAUGUGGUAAAGGCCUGCCAACCGGGAGAGGUCGUGAUCAGGGAUGCUCUGUACCGACUGGGAGUGGCACAGAUCAACACAGAGAAAGAGGGAAAUGAAGGAAGUGGAGUGGAGGGACAGACGCAAGAGGUAGGGACAGACACAUAUGAGGUUGAGCUUCCUGAAUAGAAAUGUUCAGGAUGGACAAUCAACAUGGACGGCCUGAAUGUAAAGAUGGCUGCAUGCAAAGACAGGAGUGCAGAUAAUAACAGAGACAUGAGGUGGCCAUGAGGAGAGAAGCAAGUGCUACCAGAAGGAGCCAAGAAUCUGGAGGCGACACGGUGCUGUCCACAAUUCACUGUUGUAGAUGACUUUCUCCUGAAUUGACGUGUACAACAGCACCGUUCAUUACCUUAACAGUGUAUUUCUGAUGUGAGGAAAUAUCAGCCGUGUUUACUGUGAAGAGACAAGUACAGGGAACAAGGUCAUAUCCUUAGCCAUCUCAAACUACAGUAACAGGGAGGGUGAGAGUGAGUAUAAGUCAAGAUGAUGGAGACUAAAUGUCAAGAUUAUUAUUUCAAAUGACUAAAGGAAUGUAACAAUAUCUUGUGUUUUUUACUAUUAGGGUGACAAGAAGUGAAAGUUUGAGUAAAGGUGGUCUUUCCUGUCACUCAAAUAAUGUAAACAGGAUUUUAAUAACUCUUCUAAUUCAAGCCUGAAUGUAUUUAUUAUUUAACCAUGAAUAUAGUACGUUGUAUUUAUUACCGCUUUUAUGUCCAGAAACAUUUCUGCAUUUACCUGCUAGUCUUUUGGACUGAGAAGAGAAGUAAUGAUGAAUGUGUAUCUGUCGAUUGUACUGAAUCAUAAUGUGGUGAUGGAUCUUUUGUAUUGUGUCUUCUUCUCAAUGGAGAUCCAUUCAAGGAUGCAAGUGAUUGUCUUCAUUUCCAAUCGACAGUCAGCCUUUGAGAAUGAACUGAAGAUAUUUUAAUAGAUCUGCCUUACUUUUUGUCACCGAUGCUUUGCUUAACAAGACUUAAAGUGUUCAAUAGGAGACACCUGAAGACAUCACAGCAGCCAUGUAUAUUAUGUAGAUAAAGAAAAUAGCUUAAACAAUUAUCUUGUAAAUGAAACUGCUGAUGUAACAAAUGGAUAUGAAUGAAUAAUUAAAUAAAUCAUUACGUUUAUAGAUAAUAAGAAAUCAUUGUCUGGUGAACAUUUAGAAUAUGGAGGAGCAAUAUUUAUGUGAUUUUAACAGUGAUGAAACUUCUCUGAAUUUGGCUUUCACCACAAAUGUCUUUUAUAACUUGUCAGAAGUGGUGGACGGUGGAGAGAGCCUCAACCUCAUGUUGGCUACCACAAACAUAACACGAGAGGGUUUGCAUCCAUGUGUCUUCAUCAUAACUACCUGCUAAAAUAACCAUUGUUCUCAUUCCAGAGUAGAAAAUAUUUAAUGUAUUUUAUUAUUAUUUUUAAUGCUUUGAAUAACCACUUUUUUAAACGGCACGCCUUGUCAGGAUUGUAGAUACACUGGACAUCUGUAUAAAGUGCUUAGGGGACUUUGACUCCACUAAGGUUUAAAAAGAAA